AUGGAAUAUAUUCGUCUUACUGAUAAGAAACUUCUUGGUGAACUUACAUUUGAUAAAAGUGAUUCAUUCUAUUGGCUUAAACAACAAGCAAAACGUGGUGUUGCAUCCGCUCAACAUCAUUUAGGUGCAUUAAUGUAUGCUGGUCGAAAUGGUUUAACACGUAAUAUUCAAGCUGCUGUGGAAUAUUUUCGUUUAGGUGCUGCUCAAAAUGAUGCUUCAUCACAUUUUGGUUAUGGAUUAGCUCUUCUUAAAGGACAAGGUACAAAACAAAAUGUAACUGAAGCCGUUCGACAAAUUGAAAAAGCUGUUGAACGAGGUUUUCUUGGUGCAAAAGUUGCUUUAGGAUAUCAUGCGUAUGAAAUAGAAAAAAAUUAUACAAAAGCUGCACAAUAUUGGAAAGAAUGUUUUGAACAUACACAUGAUGCAUACUGUGCUCACAAUCUUGGUGUUAUGUGGACAGCAGGUCGUUAUCCACCAAGUUUUACCGUAGAUCAUGUUCAAGCUUGGCAAUAUUAUUCAUUUGCUGCACAACAUGAACAAAUUGAUUCAAAAGUUGUUGUUGCUUAUUAUAAUGCUCGUGGUGGUCAUCCUCUUAUUAUUAGAAAUCCUUGGCUUGCUGCUAUUUGGUCACGUAAUGUUGCUGAAAUAAGUUCAGCUGUAGGUACAAUUGUUCGACGAGCACUUGAAGCUUAUCGAGAUCGACGAUGGCAUACAUCAUUUAUAUUUUAUAUGCAAACUGCAUUAGCUGGUAUUGAACUUGGAUAUUUUAAUGCUGGUUUUUUAUGUAAUGAAUUAAAAGAAUUAAAUAAUGACAGUACAUUUGAUUGUAUCGAACAAUUACUUACUAAAUAUUUAAUGGUACAUGGUAAAAAUCGAAAUACUGAUUCUUAUGCUUUAUUAAAUGUUGCUGAAUAUUAUCAAUGGAAACAAAGAAAUAUUACAAAAGCUAUACAACUUUAUGCUCAAUUACAUCAAAAUGAUGAUGCUCAAGGUUUAUAUAAUUUAGCUCAAAUAGAAGAAGAAUCUAAUUCAAAUAAUACUAUUCCAUUGCAUAUUUGGGUAGAAGUUGGUAUUAGAUUUAAUGAAAAAAUUAUAACAAAUCGAUAUCGACGAUUACAAUAUGUUUAUCAACAUUGUCGAAAAUUAAAAACAGCCAAAUCUGAUGAAUCGUAUAUUCCUUGUACAUUAGCUUAUUUAAGAGUUUCAGCAAUAAUUUUAUUUUAUGAACAAUCGAAGAUUGUUAUAACAAUAAUUCUUAUGAUAUUAUCAACAUUCUUAUUCAUAUAUCGAACAUAA